GAGGCGCGCGCCGCGCUGGGGUCUCCCGGCAACCGGAAUAACAGAGGCCAGCUAAGAGCGCCUGCGCGGCUGUCGGUUGCCGAAGGGUCUGGUCUUGAAAGCUAGGUCCUGGGGUUUCCCCUGAGCAGGAGCGGUCCCGAGAGCCUCAGGUACCGGGAAGGGAGAGGAGAGACAUGGGUUCACACCGUGAACUCCCGAGGACCGAGGGGCAGGAGAGCGAGGGCUUGCCCCUCAAAUUGGAGUGUCCAGUGAGGGUUCCCGCAGAUCCUCCAGGACAGAACAUAACUUCCGCAUUCCGGAUCUAAAGCCGGCCAUGGUCAGGUCAAAGGGCCCCCACCUCUCAAGUAGCCGGCCUCCACCGUCUGUGCCACCUGGACUCCUUGGACAAAGUGUUUGACAACCAGGCACCUGCUCCAGGUUCCAGUGGCCUCUGUGCUCCUUGGAGUCCUGCACGGUUCCAGAGGAGGAAAGCCCUGAGAACUCUUUGCACUGGUCACCAGGCAGGCAUUUUUCUUAACCGUAUGACGUUUAGUUUACAGGUGAAGAAACUGGGACCAGCAAGGGAAAGUUGCUUGUUCCGUGUCACAGGCCUAAAACCAGACCUUCAGUCCAGUGCUCUUUUGCCUGCUUCAUAAUCGUAUAUGGUAGAGGCUGGGACUGGUGGGAAGGAAACCUAGGUGGCAAGAACACCUGUGUCUGUUUUCCUGUCCUCAGGGCCUAACACAGUGGCACUUGAUCGUCACCGUGUGCUUACUGAAGGAAAGCUCUGGCAGAACCAGCUCCACUGUCCCUAGAAAAGUUUAAGGGAAGUGUGGGCAGGGCAAAUGUAGAAACAGUUUACUUUAGCAGCCGGGAAUGAACCUCAGACAAAUUCUUCACAUGUAUCUGGUUUAAAUCUCCCCUAGGCUUCAGUCCAGGCCCUGAAUGGCUGGUCUCCAGUUGGCUCCACAUCUGCCUGUGGGCGUUAUGUUCCCACAUAAUAAAACGGAAGCUCCAGGGCUCCACUCAGCCCAGCAAGACCCUUAUGAACAAGGUGACUCUUCCCAGAGAUCUUCGAUGGGGCAGAACAAUUUUCAGCAGAAACUUCUGAGCAACAAAGAGUUGGCAGUGGAUAAUGUCUACUCUCAACCCAAAUGGAACCCGCGCACACAAGCCCGGAGCCACUUUUAUCCCCACUGUGCUGAAAUCAGCCAGCGAGACAUGGGCAGUGAUCUCCAGGGCCAGGGAAAGUGUUUGUUUUCCCCACGUUCUCAGUCGCGGUAUCCCAAAGCAAAUGACCAGGACUUUAUCCCCUUUACAAAGAAGCGAGUUGGGGUGGACCGAGCAUACCCUCUGAAACCCAUGGUCUACCGGAAGUCUCAUAGUUCAGGUGAGGCCAGCACUGAUGGGGACCAGAAUGUCUACCUGAGACCCCCUGAGUCAAGAGAAUUUUCAGACAGCAAUUUUGACUUGAGGAUUGGGGUGAACUCAUCUGUCCUUGCUGACUUGCAGGGAGAGAAGGCCAUGGCAAACCUCCGAAGAACUGAGUGGCUGCAGAUCCGAAGACUGGAAGCUGCAGGGGAGAGCUUAGGGGAGGAAAUACGAAGAAAGGAGAUUCUCCUGAGGGAAAAGUUGAAGAAGACAGAAGAGGAACUCAGACGGAUCCAGAAGGAAAAAGAACAGGCCAAGGGAAAUGAAGACAGAGGGCUACAGAGAAUGAUCCUUCCUAGGAGGAAAGUUAAAGGUAAUAACAGCAACAUGACAUACAAACCUGUCUUCUCCCCAGAAUUUGGGUCUGAAGAGGUGUUCAGUAGAGACAGGAGAGAGGAUGAAACUUGGGGACAGCCUCAAGAAAAUUCUAGCUCAUUCCUGUUCUCUGAUCAUAGAAUCCAGAGGCUUAAAAGGGAAAGGCUGGUGGCAAGCAAAAACAAAAUCCGAGACCAAGCCUCAGGGCCAUUAGUGGCCAAGUUCUCUCAGCCUUCAGAAGAGCCAAGCAGUACUUUGGAGAGAUCCACCAGAAGUUCUAGCCCGUCCAGGGUGCCAGGCUCCUCAGGUUCCAGCUGCUCCACGGAAGAGCCAGAACUGGGCAAGUGCAGCCACUGUGGACGCACUUUUCUCUUGCUCAGACUGGAGAGACACUCCACCGUCUGCGGCAGGAUGCAGGGUUCCAAGAGGAAAGUGUUCGACUCCUCCAGGGCCCGGGCCAAGGGCACAGAAUUAGAGCAGUACUUGAAUUGGAAGGGACCAACUGCAGUCAAGGUGGAACCUCCUCAGAAGAACAACUGGAGGCAGAAGCACGAAUCUUUCAUCCAUACCCUCCGUCAUGCCCGGGAGAUCCAGCAGAUAAUUGCCAAAGGUGGAAAACCCUCAGAUUUGCAUCCCAUCCUGCCUGCAGAAAACCCAGACUAUGUUCAGUGUCCUCACUGUAGCCGCCACUUUGCUCCCAAGGUGGCUGAGCGACACGUUCCCAAGUGUAAGACCAUCAGGAACCGUCCUCCACCUCCACGGAAGCAGUAUAGUUGAGCCGGCAACAGUGGAAACCUCCUUGGGUAGUUCAGAAUGUUCUGCUUCAGCAAUGAACAGACGUAGAAUAAUUUGAUGUAAAGCAAAAGCAGACAAAACUUUGCCUAGAACUGCCUGCAGAGCCAGAAACAAUGACAGCAGUUGCUAGGCACCAAGAGGCAGGAGGAAGACCCAACUUCCCACUAAAUUACAAACUCUACUGUGUACCUUAUGGUCUUGCCCUAGGAACUGAUGGUGAAGACAGAACAGCAAGCAGCCUACAUUAAAGCUGUCUUCUUGCAAGCCAGACUGUGGUUUGUACGAGUGAAGUGCCUGUAUUUGGCUGUGCCUCUUGGUCAUGGUACAUGUGUAUGGUUUCUGUUAAUACUUCUAGCUCUUGCAAGAGGUCGAAGUUUUGGGAUGAGCUGGGGUCAGAGGCCCAUGGUCACCCAGAUGGUAACUCUUACAAAAGAUAAUGAGAUUUUGCCACAAGACAUUAUGAAUGGAAGCCUAUCCUUGGCCUCCCUGGGGCAUGGUCCUGGCCAAAUGCCAAUAAAAGUAUGUGAUGUUAGGGCACAAAAUAUCCUAAAUCUUCCCUGUGGUGUACUGUGUAAUAAAGGAAACAUCUUUAUGUACUUUACAGGGUAGGGGUUGGGGGAAGCUCAUUAUACUCCCUACUUGUUCUUUAUUCUAAUGGGUUUCAUAUGUUGAAAAAAAGAAAAAGAAAGGAAGAAACUGCUAGUCCUCUUGCUUUCA